GCUGUUUAAGGCGUAGAAUGUACGGUAGUUCUGAUUCUCUAGUUUUAAACAUAAAUGGAGAGCCUGGGGGAGAUCCACUGGCUCCUUCAUGCCAAGUAGUCUGGGCAAGUCUCCUCUUAACCCACGAAUGAAGGUAUCAAGGGCUUUAUCCCUAUAUGUGCGCGUUAACAAAUGUACGGCUUUGGCGCCGGCUUCCAUGCAUCCUAAUUUGUUAGGGAUCAGAGAAAGGUGAGAGUACACUAGCUGGUGGAAUUCCUGGAUUGUGAGGUUACCCUGCACAAGUGAAGUCAUUUGGUACUCCAGUGUACCCAAAUCGCGCUUAUCUGCGUAGUGAAGCCUCAGACAUCUGGUGAUGGCCUUCCAGUCGAGCGGAGUAUUGUACGACUCCAAAGCAAUGUCGGCAUCGCCUACAACCUUAUUGCGAAUGACAUUGAGGACCCCAUAAUAUUUGGGGGUUCCUCUUUGUGGUUCGUAGAUCUGGGGGAUCCGAUCUACGCCCUUCUUCCAGGAGUUGAACUCCCCUGGGUUUCCCGAGAAUUCCCGGAGACAUCUCACUACGUCCGGUAUCUUGUCUAAUUCGCUAACGUUAUUUGCGAAGUUAGAGUCCAUUGAAAUAUCGGAAAAAUCUGAGAAAUUCGCAUUUGGAUUGAGGGCGGCUUGAACUAAGUUUCGCCUUUCUUGUUUAAAAAUGUUAUUUACAACCCCCUUUAUUAUAUUCGUCAGUUGGUCCAUGUUAAAUGUGUUCGAGGUGGUAGGAGCUGGUUGAGGAGGGAGUGUGCUGAGCACGGGUGGUCGGACGAGGUUUGAAGGAUUAGCCAUAUUUCUUAAAUAUGUUUAAAAGUUUGGCUUGAAUUUUGACUGAUCUUACGAAUCUAAUUUGGUUUAUUUUUGUUUAUUUAUAUCAAAUAUUAUAUAUGAUGUGUAUUAAGUUAUCGGCUGUACGAGCCCUUAUUUAUGAAUAGGAUUAUUAUUGUUUUUAUUACUCCUUCUGGGAAGGAGGGCUUUUCUAUUCUGGAGGGUCCCUGGUGUUGGGAAUCGCAGAAUUAAGCUAUAUUAUAUGGUUUGGUUUUAGUAAGUUAUUGGCUGUACAAGCCUUUUUUUAGAUAUAUAGGUAUUUAUGUAUAUUAAAACUAGGAUGUCUAAAACUAAUAAGUUGUAUAUAUUAAGGUUUAAGUUCUCUUUUUUUAAAAACUGGCCCUGGAACUUUUUAUACGCAAUUAAACGUUCUUCUCCAAUUUUUAAUUUUUUUAAAUUAAUUUUCUUUCUUUAAAUUUCACUUGUUACUUUCGUUUUACAAUUCCAAUUCAAAUGAUUUUUGAGAUAGUUUCGCUAAAAAUAUUUUUCCUUCCACUUUCAACAAAAGCUUGUUAAUUUUUAUUUAGUUUCACUUUUUUAAUUCAUUUUAAAUAUUCACUAUUUUUUUUUUUUUUUAAUUCACUUACCUUAAUUAUAAUAGAUGACUUACAUUAGAAUUCUUAAAAUAAUGUUGCGGCGGCUGACGACUAGCAUCUCCUGUUUGUUUCCUGCAUACUUUUUGUCCUGGGAUGGUGACUUUGGUCACCGGGUUCUGGGGCCUAGUGCUGAUGUUCCUUCGUCCUGGCGUUUGUUGCGACGUUAUGGACCUGAAGUCCGUGGUGAGCCGGUUUCCUUGUAGACUUUUAUUUUUAAGUCCUUCUUGGUUCACGGUAAGGACUUUACCGUGUCCUUUUUUCCUACACUUCACUCACGAUUCACUACAACUAGGCCCCACGUUGGGCGGCACUUAACGAUUUUCCUACUAUUGAAAGGAAAAAAAAUCGUUUUUGGUCAGUACGACCUUCUCGUUAUAACUUUAUUUUAAAACUGAUUUUUACAACCCAGCAAACACUGUCUCUAACGUUAGAGAAAAAGCUAGAUUUUACAUUAGAAUUCUAAUAUAGUUUUCUAAUGUUUCUCGAAUCGAAUUCAAGCUUUGAGAACAACAUUAGAGUUUGAUUAUAGAAUGAUUAGAGAAACACUCGAAAUGCACUAUCGAUAUAAAUGAUAGUUAUCGAAUAAAAUAAGUGUCUGCUGAGUCGCUCAUUCCUAGUGUCAAAUAAAAAUAAUACGUGCGAAAAGAAAGUGCUUUAAAGUUUUUUAGAAAUAUCAUUAUUAUUAUUACAAAAUUACGGAAAAUGUAUUUUAACCACAUCAUAGAAGAAGCAUCAGAAAAUACUCCUGUAACUAAAAAAGAUAUUGAUUUGCUUGAGAAAAGGAUAUUGGACCGUAUAAAACAGUCGGAAAAUAAAAUACUGAAAGAAAUAGACCACAAUCAAAAAUCCUUAAAGAGGGCCCUGACUCGAAUUUUGCAAGAAACAAAGCAGACUACAAAAACAAGCCACAAAUCACGAAGUGAGCUGCUCCUGAAAGUUCCAUUUGAUAACUUCGAACAAUUUCAAAAUUUUGAAAAGGAUAUACAGAAGCAUUCCAGCAAAUUUAAUGAACUGAAGGAGGAAUUUUUCACAGUAUCUGACCACACAGCUGAAAAGAUCGUAAAAAAUGCUUGGCGCCAAAUUUUUACCGAUGGUGUUGCGCAGAAUUUGUGUUGGAAGGGUACGAAGGAUAAAAUGGCUGUGAGACCCUUAAGUGUAACAGCUGCCUUAAAAAGUACAUUUUCGUCUAAAUUCCGAAAUGCGGCAGAUAUAGAUAUUGAGCGCACGUCUAUAGUCUUCUUCCAGCAUGCUAAAGGACGCUACAUGAAGAAAAAGGCAUACGACUCCAAAAAAAACAAAAACGUAAAAAUUUAACUUAAAAGAACAUAAUGUGAUCUCAUUUUAAUUUUUUUAUGAAUAUUUUUGUGUUUGAAUUAGAAUUUAUAACUUUAAUUAAUUCACUAGAAUUUAAUAUAAAGACUUUUCUGUUGGACUUUUUACACACAACUAGCCCCCCCCGAAACAAGGAAAUUUUUUAAAUAAAUCGCAAAUAAAAAAGAUUUAUCGCUGACUGAAUCUUUUGAAACUCUUAUACACAACUCAGCUCAAACCUAUAACAGUCGUACGCAACUACACUAGACGGUGACUGACUGUCGCCGUAUCGUCAGCGUUAAGAUCUAUGCGAAAUACAAAAAAAUAUGGCACGCGCCAAAUAAAACAUUUACAUUCAAUUUAUGUAGUGAGUAUUUUAGAUCAGUGAUGCUCAAUUGCGAAAGACACAUGUCGCGACAAGUGUCUGUGAAAGCACGAUUAGAGAUAGAAAAAAAUAGAAAUGCUCUCAAACCUAUUAUUGAAACAAUCCUUUUUUGCGCAGAGCAAGAACUUCCUUUAAGAGGCGACCAUGAUAGCGGCGCACUGUCAUUAACUCGGCCUGAACAGAAGGAUGGAAAAUUUAGAGCACUAUUACGCUUCAGAUUGGAUGCUGGCGAUGAAAAUUUGAGAGCUCAAAUCGCGAAUAGUGCUAAGAAUGCCAAAUAUUUAAGCCCAGAUAUUCAAAAUGAGAUUCUCGAGACUGGCGCUAAUAUUGUGACAAACAAAAUAAUUAAUAAAGUGAAUAGCGCAAAGUGUUUUAGCAUUCUUGGUGAUGAAACAAUGGAUGUUGCAGGUAAAGAGCAACUUUCGUUAUGUCUACGGUAUGUAGACUUCUCAUCCAAAUAUCCAGCACUUCGUGAAGAUUUUGUGGGCUUUAUUCCAAUUACCGAUCAGUCUUCUGAAAACUUAUCAAAAGUCAUACUUAAGCGUUGUACAGAUCUCCAUCUUGAUAUGGCGAAGUUGGUUGGACAGGGAUAUGACGGAGCAGCAAACAUGUCAGGGCAUUUAAGUGGAGUGCAAACCAGGAUAAGACAACUAUAUCCAAAAGCACGAUAUGUUCAUUGCGCUAGUCACCGAUUGAACCUUGCGCUUUCUAAUACUAUGUCAUUACCUUCAGUACGGAACUGCCUUGGUAUUGUCAAUGAAAUAGCAAAUUUAUUUAGAAACCAUUCAAAUGCAAACACAACUUUCCAGGACGUUAUACAGAAGCACGCACCAGUAAACAAAAAAAGAAGACUUGUUCGCCUUUGUGAAACAAGGUUUAUAGAAAGGCAUGAAAGCAUUAUAAGCUUUGUGGAGCUUUUCAAAUUCAUUGUACUAAGUUUGGAAAUAAUUUCGAGUAAGACAUGGUCCAUUUCGUCUAAAGCAUCAGCCUUCUUAGCAGCGGUAGAGAAAAGCGAUUUUUUGCUUAGUCUAUUCGUCUGUGAGCAAUUGUUCAGCUUAACGCUGCCACUGUCUGUGCAACUCCAAGAAAAAUCUAUGGAAUUUGUAUCAGCAAUGAACCGAGCAAAAGAAUUAAUAAGAACUCUGCACCAGAUAAGAGAAACAGCGGAUGGUUUUUUCAACGAUAUUUUCCAAUAUAUUUUUGAGUUCCUGCAUUAGUAAGUAUUGCUGACGAAUUAGUUUAUUAUUUCGGCAAUGUUAACAUAUGCCAUGUUAACAUAUAUGUACAUACAUAUGUAUGUAUAUAAUGAAAUAUACACACAAGCAUAAAUAUAUCAAAUACGAGGUGUGUACAAAAAGUAUCGCGAAUUUUGUGUUUUUUCAAAAAUUAUUUAUUUAUUCAUGAAUAUCUAUUUUCUCCCCUUCAAAGUAAUCCCCAUGAGAUAUUACACACUUGUGCCAACGAAGCACUUCAAAAAAUAAUUUUUUUUUUAUCUUCUUCAGCUUCUCCUUCGAUGCCGUCUUUAUCUCGUCAAGAGAAGCGUAACGUCGUCCUUUCAUAGGCCUCUUCAGUUUAGGGAACAAGAAAAAGUCACAGGGGGCCAGAUCUGGGGAAUACGGUGGCUGCAGCAUCAUUAGUGUGUUGCUUUUGGCCAAAAAGUCGCGCACAAGCAGGGGCGUUAUCGUGGUGCAAAAGCCAAUUUUUGUUCUUCCACAAAUCCGGGCGUUUCUGGCGGAUUGCUGCGCAUAACUUGCAGGUAAUAUUCCUUAUUGACCGUUCUUCCCUGUGGCAAGAACUCAUGAUGCACCACGCCCCUGCAAUCGAAGAAAACUGUCAGUUACGUUUCGCGAUACUUUUUGAACACACCUCGUACAAGAUAUAAUUGAAAAAGUAGGCUUUGUUUUCAUAUUAACUACGAAUAUUGCUUUGAAAAAGUAAUUUAAUUCAAAUGUAUUCAAUUGCACAUGUGUUCAUUAAUAUGCACAAAAAAAAUUCGUACGAACACACAUGUUUUCAUAUAAACGUAUAAAAAUAUAUAUAAGCAAAAGAGCGAACAUAUGUAUGUACGUCUGUUGGAGCAAUAUAUAGUUCUGAGCAUAAUUUUUAUUUCACGCUCAGCUCUGUUCAACAGAAAAUGUUAAAAUUUCUCCUGCCGAGCUGGCAGU